UUACAAACGUUGCAUUUGUUGGAAAUCCAAUGGUAUUUACAUCUACCAAACAAGUUUUUAUCACACAUGGGUCGACGAUCUAUGCAACCGUGCGUUGUUUCAACACUCGCGGCCUUUGGAGCGAAGUCUCGUCAUCUGGAGUCACACUCAUUUAUGAGCUUCCUGAUAUCACAAAUGCACUAAUUGAAACAUUGACCAAUAAAAACUCACACUUUACCUGCAAAGAUGGAAUACAAAAUGAAAUCGAUAUGAUACGAAUCAAAUGGGAUGGAUUCCGGGUGCAUCAUGAUUCUAUUCAUCAUUUCACGCUCAAUAUUGAGUCACCUAGUGAAAAUGGAAUGAAUUCCUUAUUUGAACUUGGAGAUGAUGGACGACAGCAAGCUACAAUAAAACCCAUGACCUUCAAACAGAACCAACAAUACAAGGCAACGAUCCAGGCCGUCGAUAUGAUUGGAAGAACCAGUGAUGGCGUUCAAGUAUUUUUUACCACAGAAACAUUACCACCUAAUAUUACAGACGUAAAAAUGACAGCUACUUGGAUGGAUAGAACGACAGCCGUCUUGACAUGGGCAGAUGUAUUUACAUCUGACAGCGACAUCUAUUAUGAGCUUACUAUUGGUACAAAUCCUGGCGGAAGUGACAUCAUGAAAUGGGUUGAAACAAAAGAGACAUCCUUCACACUUUAUGCCAUUGAUAACUCC